ACAACUGCAGCACCAACAACCACAACUGCAGCACAUACAACUUCCACUUCAGCACAAACCACCACAACCGCAGCACCAACAACCACAACUGCAGCACCUACAACCACAACUGCAGCACCAACGACCGCAACUGAAGCACCUACAACCACAACUGCAGCACCAACAACCACAACUGCAGCACAUACAACUUCCACUUCAGCACAAACCACCACAACCUCAGCACCAACAACCACAACUGCAGCAUCAACAACCACGACUGCAGCACCAAUGACCGCAACUGAAGCACCUACAACCACAACCGCAGCACCAACAACCACAACUGCAGCACCUACAACCACAACUGCAGCACCAACGACCACAACUGAAGCACCUACAACCACAACUGCAGCACCAACAACCACAACUGCAGCACCAACAACCAAAACUGAAGCACCUACCACCACAACUGCAGCACCAACAACCACAACUGCAGCACAUACAACUUCCACUUCAGCACAAACCACCACAACCGCAGCACCAACAACCACAACUGCAGCACCUAAAACCACAACUGCAGCACCAACGACCGCAACUGAAGCACCUACAACCACAACUGCAGCACCAACAACCACAACUGCAGCACAUACAACUUCCACUUCAGCACAAACCACCACAACCUCAGCACCAACAACCACAACUGCAGCAUCAACAACCACGACUGCAGCACCAACGACCGCAACUGAAGCACCUACAACCACAACCGCAGCACCAACAACCACAACUGCAGCACCUACAACCACAACUGCAGCACCAACGACCGCAACUGAAGAACCUACAACCACAACUGCAGCACCAACAACCACAACUGCAGCACAUACAACUUCCACUUCAGCACAAACCACCACAACCGCAGCACCAACAACCACAACUGCAAUAUCAACAACCACAACUGCAGCACCAACGACCGCAACUGAAGCACCUACAACCACAACCGCAGCACCAACAACCACAACUGCAGCACCUACAACCACAACUGCAGCACCAACGACCGCAACUGAAGCACCUACAACCACAACUGCAGCACCAACAACCCCAACUGCAGCACAUACAACUACCACUUCAGCACAAACCACCACAACCGCAGCACCAACAACCACAACUGCAGCAUCAACAACCACGACUGCAGCACCUACAACCACAACUGCCCCACCUACAACCACAACUGCAGCACCAACAACCACAACUGAAGCACCUACAACCACAACUACAGCACCAACAACCACAACUGCAGCACAUACAACUUCCACUUCAGCACAAACCACCACAACCGCAGCACCAACAACC